GUUACAGUUUCCUACUUUUAUGACAUUUGAGGUUAUUUCCCGAUUUUUAAAACUGAGUUCAAAAGUGUCUCGCAUUUUACUUCAAGCAACUUUUACGUAUUUUUAAAAAAUCUAUAAAAAAAACAUAAUUACCUAAGUUUUCUUAUACUAAGGACACAAUAUUCACAUAGGCCUUUAUAUAUCAUGUGAUUUUUUUACCAAAAACAAAUUGGAAAAAAGUACCAGCAAAUUAUAUUAAAAUGCUUAUAACUCCAAAUAUAGGUUAAUGCACAUGACACCUUUAUCUACUCACCCCUUCAAUUAAGUCCCAUCAAUAAAUAUCGGGAUCAAAAAGUCAGUUUUACAAUUUCUUUUUCUUAAAAGAGAUGAGUAAGCUUCAAAAAUUUGAUUAAAAAUGCAAAAUCUGACUUUUGAACUCUUACAGUUUUCUGUAAUACAACUAGUACCAUCUAUCCUUCAAAUGUCUAAAUUUGUAAAAAAAAGAAAACUGUGUGUGAUUAACUGACACCUAACCUAAAAAUUGUAAAAUCGAGGAAAAUUUGUUAAAAAUGGGUGAAAACGUGGAAAAUACCCCUGGACGACAAGCUAUAGCCGUAAUGAAGGACAUCCAGAGGGAAAUAAUCUUCAAAAAACCGGUAGGAACACCUCGGAAACGACUCAAAGAGAAGGUUUUGGAUGAAGACACAUAUGUCGAGCAUAUUGGUAAGAUUAUCCAACGUGAUUUUUUCCCCGACCUUGAGAAACUUAAAGCCCAGAAUGAGUACUUGGAAGCGGCUGAAAGAAACGAUGUGACAAAAAUGAGACAACUUUAUAUGAAAUACAGCGGAAGUAGACCACCAACACAGAGGAUACCAAGUCCUGCGACUUUUGAAACACCUGUUCACAACUCAUUUGAGACUGAGACUCCGCCCAAACCACCCCCUGAGAAAAGUGAACCAAAACUGAGUUUAGACCAAUUCCUGAAUUCGCACACCUCUGAAGAUAAUCGAAGUUUCAGUGAGAUUUUGGCCGAAUCCGAGAAAAAACACCAAGAGAAAUAUUCAUUUUUGUACAAAGAGGAGGGUAAUAGUGAGAAAGAGAGACUGGAACAGUUGGCAUUACCGUCAAUUGACAAACAAGGGGAAUUACCGGAGAAAAAACUAAAUGUUGACACUUGGAGUUACAAAAACAAAAAUUACAUAAUGUACAUCCCUGAUGGGGUCCCCCUUACCCAAGAAGAAGAAAUGGAAUUGAAUAAAAACCGCCAAGAAGUCGUCCAUUCCAACACUCGCCUUAUCAUCAACCCAUUUAAUGACACCCAAAGCAAGGAGGCUAUCACUGAAUUAGCGAAAACCCAGGCGAAAAUCCACGAUGGUAAAAUCGGCGUCGACGGUAAGGAACUAAUGAAAGACACGCCCCAAAUCCGGGGGUUUUCCUUCGUGAAAACCCCCUCGCCCCAUCCCAACCUCCCUGACACGCCGUUGAUGACAUGGGGGGAGAUCGAAGGAACCCCCUUUCGGCUUGACGGCAGCGACACCCCCCUGCCUCACUCGCAGGGCCCCUCGUUUAAAAUGUCGGAGCCCCCACGACGCGAGCAAAUCGCGAUUGCAUUGGCGGAGAAAGUGGGGGAGAAGAACAGAGAUAGGAAACAGAAGGCUAUGGAGGCGGCGAGGAGGCGGUUUGCGACGCCGUCCCCACGGACGACGGAUAGGUUGGCGACCAUGUCGCCGGCGGCGAGACGAUUCGCCACCGCCAAGUUGGGGUUAAGGGGCGAUUUUAUGACGCCGAGUCCGAAGAGGGCCACGCCGGGGACCCCCAAGAGGGUGGUCACGCCGAAAAUUAAUUUGGGGAUCAAGAAAGUCGAUAAUUUGACCGAUGAUUUGCUGAAGAUUAGUGUUCCGAAGAGGCACAAAGCGGCCGAUUUUUUUUAAUCGGGGAUUGUAUUUUUUUGGUUAAUAAAUAUUUAUUAAAGUUGA